AUGUACUACGUGAUCGCGGCCGUCUCGUGUAUGCCUGCAUGUGCUUGUUGUCUCUUCGUCACUGGGAUCUGCUGGAUGGCGAUGCGGCCUCUUAUAGGCGUUCCCUGUUUCCUCUUCGCGGUGCUCCUCUGUGGAUGCUUCGCGUUUGCCUCCUACCGGAACCAGGAGAGGGUCAAGACCGACCCGGCAUAUUCGAGAUCUCGCAAGUCGCGGGCCCAGCAGGCAGGCCAGGGCGGCGGGAUGGUCGUCAUGGGCCUUCCGAUAGGCAAUCCGAUGGGCAAUCCCGUCCACGGGAUCGACAAAGAGUGA